AGAUACCGUUUCGGUCCGUUCCGUUGUUUCCAUGUACCGGCAAAAUGGCGGCAAAGUUAAAUAGUAAAACCGAAGAUGUCACGAAAAAGUUAAUCACACGGUUAACUGGGUUCGUUGCCUGCGACGAGAACUUUCAGAUUUGCUCAGACUUCGUCAGCUCAAACUUUCGAUAUCAUCGCUUUUUAGAUGUAGAUAGUCACAAGAUCACAAGGACGCUAAAAGGGCUUCAUGAAAAGUUCACUGUGAAUAGUGAGGAUGAAAAAGCCAAAUCGCUUAAAGACCUUGCAUACAGAUUUCUGGAAAUUCCAUGCUUUGAGGAGAAGAUGCAUGGAAAGACGGAUACUCACUACUGUAUACUGUCCAUGCUUUUGGCUCUGGGUGGCUCAGACAAGGCUGGAAGCUUUGAGCCUACAAGAGCGGCAACUGAGUCGUUGGACAAUGAGACGCCAGUGGAUGAUAGCUUUGACUGGGCUCACUACCUCUUGGAGGGAGAGGAAGAUUUCAAAAGCGCAACAUUAGAUGAGCCCAUGUCAGAUUGGAGCGACGAAGAGAUUGAACCUCCACCGAGGAGUCUCUCUGUAAAGGUGCCCAGAGAUGACUCUGGCAUUGACAUUCCCAGCCGAGGUGCAGACGACGAGUCAUCGCCGACAAACGUGCAGGUCGUCUCCGUUAAACUUGCGCAGGUUGGUAUCUUCGGUGGAGUGGGGGUGAUGCAGCACGCGAGGUCCACCUCUCAAUUUUGCCGAGUCGAUGAUGGAAGCGUUAGACUCAGUGAGCGGCAGGUCGUCAGGGAAACGCUGUGGAUGCUCGCUGGAGUUACGGACCUAUUUGUCUUCCACGCAUCGGAAGAUGGAUAUACAGUUAACAACAGCGUACUACUGGGUCACCUCACCAAGGAGAGCAUAGGCAAUAUGCUGCAGACAUUCACCCAGUACGGUGCGGCCGUGAGACGACUUCAGGAGUUUGUGGAUGCCACCGUCUCUGCCGCAGCAGCGAUGGGCGGCUAUUGCGAGAGUACGGCCUGUCUUACACACCAAGCCUUCAGCUGUGCCUUGUCUCAAUACCUUCAGCAAUUUCGUAAGGAACUCACGAAGCUGGAAACUGAUCUGAUCAAGCAAGAGCUUCCAAGCACGCUUGCCUCCCUGAGCCAGGCACUGAGCAAGAGCUUCGGAGAACUCAUGGUGCUAGACCAGGUGUAUAGAGAAGCUGUGUUGCCGUGCAGAGAGGGGCCCAACUGGCUGAAGGCUUCACAUCUGUUUGGUGUUCUUUACAGAACCCUGGUGCGAGUGGAUGGCCUCGGUGGGGUGAUGAGCCAACGGGAGGUGGCGCUAGUGCUAUGGAUUUUCCUGGAAACCAGCCGACCCUACAUAGAGAUGAUUGACAGCUGGAUUAGUAAAGGAGAUCUGUGUGACCCUUACCUCGAAUUCAUCAUACAGAGAAAUGGUAAUGUUGGACCACAAGAGCAACGCUUCUGGCAGGAGGCCUUCACGGUAUACGACAGCAAGGUGCCCCCUUCUUCCCGUGGCAAAUAUGACUGGUACUGCGGUGCUGCUUUGCUAGAGCCCAUCCUGAAACAGGUCAUCCUGGCAGGCAAGUCAGUUGAACUUCUGGAAUCAUUGGGUCAUCUACAAAACAUUUCUCAGUGCUCCGGUUACGAAAAAAACUGCAGCUCUAGCAGCAGUGUAGGCACAAUCUACCAGACAUUCUGCCAGACUGUGAAAUCUAACUGCCGAGGCUGUGAUAAACAAUCCGCAGACGACUGUGGUGCUAUUAAAGUUAGCGAGGAUUUUAACCCCAGCAGCCUUACUUCCGACGUGCGCAAGAGAAACACAGAAUGUUUGGAUGGAAGCUUAGAGCGAUGCCUCCAGCAAGACAGUUCUAUCGAUUCAUUGCUGAGGCAUAACUUCGAGAGUGUUUACAACGCGAGAAAGCUGCCGGUCGUGACCACUACCCAGCAUUUACCAGAAUGGUUGACGGACUAUCAGCGAAACACAUUAGAGCCAGUUGGCGUACUGCUACAGAACGCCCUCUAUCCAUGCAUCAAAGAGGCCUGUCACGUUGUCUGUAGAAGACUGGUUGACAUACUCAAGUCUGAAUAUAGUCUGCUGCACUAUCUGUCAGCAAUGAGGAAAUUCUUCUUACUGCAAGCCGGUGAUACUAUGGACGACUUUUAUUCUGAGCUCUUUGAUAAGAUGACAAGUGGUGAGAAUUGGAGAGAUGUGUCAUUUCUCAACAUGCUGCUGCAUGAAAGUCUAUACUCACGUUAUCCUGAGGAGGUGACCAGGGUUACAGUGGAUCUGGAAGAGCUGGACUCAAAGACAGAGAGACUACCAAUAUAUGCCCUAAAUGGUCUAAAGCUCAUCUACCAGCUGCCUUGGCCAGUUGAUGUAGUGAUCCAUGACAACUGCCAAACCGUAUACAAUCAAGUCUUUACCUUUCUGUUGCAAAUUAAACGUGCCAAGUACAGCCUGGACAUGCUGCGCUUUGAAUGUCUUUCAAGUCGUUCCCGGUUUGAUGGGAAAAGCGGUGAGGAGGAAGAAGAGUUGGGUGCUAGAGAGAUGACAACGGAAGCUCAGCAGAAACAAGAGCAGAAUCUCUCUCACAGGAUGAUUCUGUUUCGCAUGAAACUGAUGCAUUUUGUCAACAGUCUGCACCAGUAUGUCAUGACAAGGAUUCUGCACAGUACUGAACAGGAGUUCGACCAAGAGCUUCGAGAAGCUGCCGAUCUAGAACAGAUUAUGGCCAUUCACAACACGUACGUGCGUCGCAUUUACGACCGCUGCCUGCUGCACAAGAAGGUCGCCUUCAUAAAGGAAGCUGUCAUGAAAGUCCUCAACCUGACCCUGCUGUUUCAGCACCGAUGGAACGCAGGCGUGCACAAACUCAGUUUAUCGGUUAUAGAAGAUAUGGAAGCGGAAUUUGGGCGUUGUCACACGUUCUUGUCUUCGUUCCUUAACAACGUUGUGAAGAGACGUUCGUUUGUACACCUGGAAUCAUUCGCUUUUGCUCUUAUCAGCUCUAAUCAGAUGUGACCUUUGACCUCCUUCCUUCACAUGCGGGUACACUGGGACAAUCACUUGAAUUCUAUCCAGAGCCGAUCGUACUUCUUGAAUCUUUUUCUCAUGAUAGUUGAUGCUUCUUGAUGAUGAUGAUAUUUCUUCAUAAUACUUCUUGAUUUUAUGUGGAAGUUAUCACCGUGUUGCAUGAUGAGUGAUCAUUGGUCAUUUCUGAACUAGAUCGAUUUCUAUGCUGAAUUAAAGCUGUAUGCGGUUCUACUGUAGCCAUGUUUUUUUUACAAAAUGGUAUUAGCAUUGGUAGACGCUCUUCGUUUCUAAGCUCAAUUGAAUCUAAGCUAACAGUGAAGUACGUACAUUUGUAAAUAUACACAUUCUAGAUGGUAGCUAGUACAUACUGUACAUUUAUCUGGACGUAUUGCAUCCAUACGAAACACGUUAUAACUUAUUAGAACUGUUUAUGUAUUUAACUACUGUUGAUGAGACAAAAACGUGUGAUGUUGAUUGAAAACGUGAUAAUGCAUUAGUGGUAGCAUUGUGACUACGAUGAGUAUCUUCUUACUAUCUGUGACUUUUGUCAUGGGUGGAAAGCAUGUAAAUAAAGGCGAUGUUUACCAUCCGAUAA